AUGGCAGUCACCCGCACUCCGCCCCCCUUCGGGGUUUAUUGCCCGAUGGUUACUUUCUUCAAAGAUGACGAAAGUGUGGAUUAUGAAAGUAUUACCCACCAUGUGCAUCGGCUUCUCCAGAGCGGCGUCUCUGGAAUUGUCAUUCAUGGAAGCAACGGCGAGGCCACUCACCUUCUACACGAAGAACGAGCACAGAUUAUUCGUCACGUUCGUGAAGUAUCCUGUAAGGAAUACCCAAAAAAUAUUCUUAUCGCAGGAUGCAGUGCAAGCAGUGUAUACGAAACCAUUCUCUUCAUACGGGAAGCACAAGAAGCCGGUGCUGAUUAUGCCUUGAUUCUACCGCCAAGCUACUGGUCUGCCGCGAUGAGCAAACCAGUGCUGAAGAAUUUCUAUACUCAAGUGGCCAGCAAAUCUGCUUUGCCAGUCAUAAUUUACAAUUUUCCAGGAGUGACAUCUGGUAUUGAAUUGGAUUCAGAUUUCAUCAUUGAUGUUGCUUCGACUUGUCCACAAGUUGUCGGAGCCAAACUGACUUGCGGGAAUCUAGGCAAGCUUCAGCGCCUUUCUGCUGCCUUGCCUGGCGACAAAUUUGCGCCUCUGGCUGGAAAAGCAGAUUUCCUCCUGCCUGGUCUGGUCGCUGGUUCUCACGGUGUCAUCUCCGCUCUAGCAAACGUGGUACCAAAGUUACAUGUCGAAGUGAUUCGUCUUUAUAGGGCUGGCCAUCUAGAAAAAGCUCAGGAAAUUCAAGCCAAGUUGUCUGUGGCAGACUGGGCCCUGUUGAAACUUGGAAUUUCAGGUGUCAAAGCUGCUAGCACCAAGUGGUUUGGAUAUGGAAAUCCCCGACCUCGCCUUCCUCUUCCGACUGCAGAUAUUGAAAGCGCAAGCCCCGAUCUUUUGAACAAGCUUGGAGUAGUCGUUGAAUUGGAAAAACAGUUGCCGAAUUAG